AUCUUUGUUGCCUUUCCUCCAACAGAGUGCUUCGUGUGUGAUAAAAUGGCGUCCAUUUGCAAAAUUUCACUUAUCGUAGAACAUAAGAUAACCAUGUUACAUCCAAAAGCAGGAAAAGUUAUCCCGUACGGAGGUAAACUCUAUCCAUACGAUAUUGACUUGAAAACAGCAACUAAAGAAGACAUAAUUCCUAAUGAUGAGGUUAUUAUUGCAAACGGCAUUCAGAAACCUUUAGUAGUUUUCAACGGGACUCUUCCAGGACCAGAUAUAAUAGUUUAUGAGGGACAAACCUUGUUUAUCAAGGUUACAAAUAAAUUGCCGUCGGAAAUUCUUGGCAUACAUUGGCAUGGAAUGCAUCAAAGAAACACACCCUUUAUGGAUGGGGUACCAUUUGUAACACAGUGCCCCAUUCUUCCUGGACAAUCAUUUACAUACAAAUUUCAGGCAUAUCCGAAAGGAACAUUUUGGUACUAUUCCACUGCAGGAUCUCAGAGAAUUAAUGGAGCGUUUGGGGCUUUAAUUGUUCGCCCCAAAUUAGAAGAUGAUCCUGAACAUAUCCUUCAAGUUCAAGACUGGUAUGACGGGCAGCAUGAAACAGAUGUUUCACCUAUGGCAAGUUCUCUGUAUAUUGACACAUUUAAUUCACCAAAAAAAUCUACUGAAGGCACCUUCUCACCCGAUAAUGCUCUUAUAAAUGGCAGAGGAGGAGGAAAAUCAAUUCCAUUCCACGUGUUUAUAAUUAGAGUCCAUAAAUCUGAGACAUCUAAUCCGUUCCGUACAAUAAAUGUUGGAGCAACUUUACCAUUUCGAAUUUCUAUUGAUGGUCACACAUUAAGAAUAAUAGGAUCGAAUGGAUACAGCAUCAAGUCCCUAUCUGUCGAUUCCUUUAUCAUUUACCCUGGAGAGAGGAUUGAGUUUACUGUAAAAAGAAUAAACCCGGGGAUACAAAACUUCUGGAUAAGAGCUGAAGCUAUAGAAACAGUUAAUAAAGUUGAGGUGCGAGCUAUAUUAAGAUACAAAGGGGCUCAUGCAGUACACCCUAAUACAUCGAAAAAAUUUUGCACAUUGAAAGAUUUAUGUUUGGUGUUUAAUUGUCCAUUCAAACAUUAUCCAGAAGAGCGAAACACAAAAUGUAUAACAAUUGAUCAAGCAGAUUCCAGAGAGCCGUCUAUUUUUCCACAGUUAAUAAGUAAACGUCACUUUAAAGAAUACUUUUUAAACUUUAGAUUUUCUGGAACAGCAGCAGCCUCUAUAAAUGGCAGACAGUUUCUGUUCCCACAAGGCGCAGCCCUGACACAACCAAAUAGCAUUACCAAACCCUGCACCAAAGCCCAGUGCAGUGAGGAAAAACUAUGUCAGUGCACCAAUUCUUUAAGCCUUUAUCAUAAUGAAACAGUGCAUUUGGUUCUAACAAAUUUUGGUUUGGGGAACGGAUUGGCGAAUCCAAUACAUUUGCAUGGACAUUCUUUUGAGCUUUUGAAAAUGGGAUUUCCGGUUACUGACAAAACCAAUGGGAAUAUCAUUUCUCCGAAUAAAGACAUUAAAUGUAAACGAAACAUACAAAUUUCCAAAGAAAUGACCCUCUGUAGUGACGUAGUUUGGAGUGAUUCAUCCUGGCAUAACGGCAAUGCCCCGGGGCUUAACCUUAAGAAUCCCCCUAACAAGGAUACAGUCAUUAUUCCCAGUGGUGGAUAUGUGGUCAUUAGGAUUAGAGCUAACAAUCCGGGUCUGUGGCUAUUGCACAGCCUUGUUGACCAUCAAUUUCCUGGAAGCAUGUCAAUUCUGCUGAAUGAAUCUUUUCCAUAUAUUACCGAACCUCCUAUGAACUUUCCUAAGUGUGGCAAUUUUUAUGACAUUCCUACUCCAUUGCAUUAAAUUAUUAUAAUGUUUUUGUAAUGUCGGUCAACCUCCUAAUUCAGUGUAUUAUAUUCUUUUAAUACUUUGUCGACUGCUGAGUAGUUUGUAAUUUUGAUGUUUGAUAUUUGUAAGCUAAACAAGAUUUGAACAAA